AUGGCGUUCGGCGGCGGUUGGUGGGGCCGAGCCGCAGCGCGGGCCAGGAGAGCCGGCGGGCUGCUGAGGGGAGAGGCCUGGCCCUGGCUACGGAGGCCGACGAGGCCCAACUCCGGCCGCGGCGCAGUACUCCCGCCCGCUUCCGAGCUGGACAAGGCGGACGCCUGGCUGCUCCGCAAGACUCACGAGACUGCCUUCCUGUCCUGGUUUCGGAAUGGGCUGCUGGCCACGGGCAUUGGCGUGAUUUCCUACAUGCAGAGCGACAUGGGGCGGGAAGCGGCCUACGGUUUCUUCAUCCUCGGGGGAAUCUGCGUCUCGUACGGCAGCGCCUCCUACUUCGUCAGCCUCCUCCUCCUCCGUCGCACCAUGAUGCUCUCCUACUCGGCCGCUCUCCUGAACUCGGCCGCCGUGCUGAGCGUGGCCCUCUUCUGGCUGUGCGCCAUCUCCCUCUACAUCGGCCGGCUGGAGGUGGAAAUCAUCCAGGAGGAGGUCAGCGACAAGAGGAAGGAGGACGACAAGGGCGAAAAAUGAAGGCCGGAGCGACUCUUCUGGACUCCACGAGACUUUACGGACGAUUCGGAAGGGACAGCUCCACGGCGGUUGGGCCGGAUGGACCACGGAGGAAGGAAGGAAGGAAGGAAGGCUGGCUGGCUCGCUGUCCUGCACGCGAGAGACCAGCGAAAGGGCGGGCUUUCAAUUCAUUUCAGAUUUUUCCGGAUGGGAUGGCAAGGAAGGAAGGGCUUUUAAACCACCUUCUGGGCAAAUGAGCUCUCCGGAAGCAUGAACUCUUGCUACUUAAGGAUCUUGGAUGCUUUUCAUGAGUGGGCCUGCUUUGCAAAACCCCCCUCCCCUCGCUUUCUGCUUCAAACCGGUUUUCUGGUUUCAGAGAUAUAUAUGUACACACGUGUGUGAAUAAAAGCCAAUUCUCGGAAUGUCUUCUGCAUAGCUU